UCCCGUCUUUCCUUUCGCUGCUGCUAGCACGGUUAGCAUUGGCCCAUUAGCCUCCAGCAGCUGUCGGCAGUCACUCAGCCAGUCAGUCCGAGUAGUGCUGCAUUUGUGAUUCUCCUCCCCCGUCCCUCCCAUCGGGAAAAACAACAGUGGUCGGCUGGGUUGUUCUUCCGAAAGCCAGCUGCUUCACCUCUGCGGGCUACCUGCGGUCAAACACGGUUGUCGUCGUCAUCACGACAGGAAGAAGCUGUGGGACAUGGCCAGACCAGAACAAGUCCUGGUGCUAGAGCCACAACACGAACUGAAAUUCAAAGGCCCAUUUACAGAUGUCGUCACUGCCUACCUGAAGCUCAGCAACCCCACAGAUAGAAAUAUCUGCUUUAAAGUUAAAACGACUGCACCGCGCAGAUACUGUGUGCGCCCCAACAGUGGCAUCAUUGAUGCUGGAGCUUCCAUCAAUGUUUCUGUUAUGCUGCAGCCAUUUGACUAUGACCCGAAUGAAAAGAGUAAACACAAAUUCAUGGUGCAGUCCGUCCUGGCUCCAUUCGACAUGACUGACAUGGAAGGAGUUUGGAAGGAGGCGAAGCCCGAUGAGCUGAUGGAUUCAAAGUUGAGAUGCUCGUUUGAGAUGCCUCUAGAAAAUGACAAAACACAUGAGAGUGAAAACAACAAAACUUUGUCUUCCUCUACCUCCUCUGUUAAGACUGAGCCCUCUGCGCUGCCCAAAUCAGCCAGUGCCUCGCUGGAUGACGGAGAGGUGAAGAAGAUCAUGGAGGAGUGCAAGCGACUGCAGAUGGAGGUGCAGAGGCUAUGGGAAGAAAACAAACAGAUCAGGGAGGACGAUGGGCUGCGGAAGAGAAAGGUGACAUCAGUGUCCGCUCCCCACUCCUCUGCCUUGGCAACCUCAGUUGUGAGGGACGAAGGCCUAAGCACCCGCAUCCUGGCAUUCUGUGUGCUGUUCUUUGUCAUUGGAGUCAUCAUUGGCAAGCUGGUCCUGUAGAGACACAGAUGGACAGAGCACAGUGAUGGAUGAACGGCGUGCUCGGGCGGGACAUGUGUCAAUGACGGCGACGGGGAUGUCUUCUGGGGUUAUGUUGAUUCUUCUUUCUUUUUUUUAACAUUUAUGGCAAUAUCGUGAUGGUUUGUCUGGAUGGGAAAUCAUUUAAUGUCUCAAAGAAAGCGAAGGAAGGCAAUCCCACGUUAUACCAUGAUUGCAAACGUUUUUGUCACAGGUCUUGCCUUUUUCUUUUUUUCUGUGAAGUGAUCACCACCUCUGAUCUGUUCUUUCUGUUCAUCCCUCUUUCCUGAAUGAUCCUCCCAACUUGCACAGGUUACAGUUAGUGAUGUGUGAAAGUAGCUUCACACUGGCUAAAUGUCUGAAAUCUUUCAUUUAUUCCUUGAUCCUCGAGUCUCGAACUUCCUCAUUCACAGUGUCUGUGAGAAAGAUCUAACACUCCUCGUCUGACAAUUUCUCUUCCACUUAUUACUGAUAAUUUACAAGAAGUGAACACACAAGUUUUCAGUGAAAGACUUCUCUCCACUCUGAUUCUGUGCGUUGUCUUCUAAACAGUCGGUGGUAAAACAUGAGCCAGUACAAGCCGUGUAAUCUAUUUCAAGGCAUCGAAUUUUCAAACUUACCACUUUCUUGAGUUUUGGCGGUUCAUUUUGCCCAUUGAGUAUUUUAGUUGUGUCCCCCUUGUAUUACUAUGUAGCUUCUGUUUAUAAUAGUCAAAUGCACUAUAUUCAAGUGUCCACUCUGCAGUCUGCAUGCAUUGACCUGGGUUUAUAAUUAUUAUUAUUACUAUUAUUAUUAUUAUUAUUAUUAUUAUCGUUUUGAGUGAGGAAGCCACAUAAGAAAAACAUAAAAAAUUCUGUCUUACAAAAGGGACCAUCUUGAGUCUUGUUUAUCAGUUUGUAUGUUUGUUUCAAUUUAUUUCUGUUUCCUGUCAGACUCUGAAGGUUGUACGAUACUGAGACAACAGUCUUGGUUAUCAUGUGACCAUCUCAGUAAAAGUGGUUGUUCAAAAAGAUAGAACUAUCUGUAUUUUUUGUUGCCUGAGGGAAACAGAGACGUGGGCGGCUGGAAAGAGGACUGACCUGUGAAUACACACUACAUUAUAGGAAAAAGUCAUCAAUGCUUCAGACCACACAUAUAGAGAUUCAGUCAAACAGUAAUGUAGUCACACUAAUUGGAUACUCUUUUGUAUGUACAUCAAAAA